GAAAACCAAGCGACGCCCCGGAGGGUUCCCGCUUGACAACAUCCGGUCGUGUGUCAGGUCAAAAUGCUCGCAUUGAGAGGCUUUCAGAGACUAAAACCUGUUUUAUCACCUCAUGGAAACACAAGUUUGAGGAGUCUGACUGCGGCUUCAAAUGUAGUCCUGCAGAAAGAAGACACGCUUGUUAAAAUGGAGAACCCGUUCAAAGAACCGCAGAAAGGAUGCACUCUGUGCAAGGUCACCGUGGACUACAAGAACAUCCAGCUGCUGUCUCAGUUCAUCUCACCGCACACGGGCAGAAUCUACGGCCGACACAUCACAGGCUUGUGUGGAAGGAAACAAAGAGAAGUCUCAAAAGCUAUAAAGAAAGCUCAUUCAAUGGGUUUCAUGUCUGUGACCCACAAACAUCCACAGUUCAUGAGGGAUCCCAACAUCUGUGGUAUCAAAGAUCUGGAUUAGUCUGUGUGUUCUCUCUCGUGUUGAAUCUGUAAUCGUUUUGUUUAUUAAAGGCUGGAGUCGCUCUGA